CUUCAAUGUCAUUUGACAACCACGAAAUAGUUCGACAAGUUACUAAACUAACGACUAACACACUCCAGCAGGUUCAUUGUGAGGCAUUUUGAAUACAUUCUCCUGCUGAAGCCUUCUGUACAGUAACAAGAUGAGACUGCUCUGCACGGUCAGCGCAGUGCACUCAGCAUCUUCAAGGCGGGCAUCUUCAGCCCCUGCAGGGAUGUUUGUCCCUGCCUGCAGCUCUAUAGACUCACAUUCCCUGCAGCUGCUCCAGGACUUCGUCUCCCGCACCUCACGCCUGUUUGCCAUCAGCGGCGCCGGUCUCUCCACGGAGUCCGGCAUCCCAGAUUACCGCUCGGAAGGCGUGGGCCUGUACGCCCGCACUGACCGGCGGCCGAUGCAACAUGCGGAGUUCGUCCGCAGCGCUUCGUCCCGUCAGCGCUACUGGGCGAGGAACUUCCUGGGGUGGCCGCAGUUCUCUUCCCAUCAGCCCAACAGGGCGCACAAGGCUCUGCGGCACUGGGAGGAGCAGGGGAAACUGCACUGGUUGGUCACCCAGAAUGUGGACGCUCUUCAUUCAAAGGCAGGCCAGGAAAGGCUCACUGAGCUCCACGGAUGUGCCCACAGGGUUGUGUGUUUGGGCUGUGGCGACAUCUCGGCCAGAGAGGAGCUCCAGAGACGAUUCGUAGCGCUGAACCCGGACUGGAGGGCUCAAGCCGGGGCAGCUGCUCCAGACGGGGACGUCUUCCUUGAGGACGAGCAGGCGCUACAAUUCAGAGUUCCCCCCUGCGAGGUCUGUGGAGGAAUACUGAAGCCUGAGGUGACCUUCUUUGGCGACGGGGUGAACAAAGCCACAGUGCAGUUUGUACACGACAAAUUAGCCGAGUCGGAUGCGGUGCUCGUCAUCGGGUCGUCACUACAAGUCUACUCGGGAUACAGAUUUUUACUCGCAGCCAGCGAUAAGAAAAUGCCGGUUGCCAUCGUGAACAUCGGGCCCACCAGAGCAGACCACUUGGCCGAGAUGAAGGUGAGAGGACGGUGUGGGGAAGUGCUGUCGACCAUUCGACCUCUCUGAUGGUAAUGGACAUGAAGCAUGGACACACUGUCUUCAAACGCUAAACUACCUCAUCUACAACACCAGCAUGCAGCAUUAGCUACACCUGCAUCAUAUAGUAGGGGGGUCCAAACUUUUUCAAGGGAGAGCCACACACUAGAGGUGGGUAGAAAAGUAGUACAAACUAAAUACAAAAAAUUGUACUCCAUCCGGGCAGCACGGUAGAACAGGGGUUAGUGCAUGUGCUUCACAAUACGAAGGUCCUGAGUAGUCCUGGGUUCAAUCCCGGGCUCGAGAUCUUUCUGUGUGGAGUUUGCAUGUUCUCCCCCGUGACUGCAUGGCUUCCUCCCACCUCCAAAGACAUGCACCUGGGGAUAGGUUGAUUGGCAACACUAAAUUGGCCCUUGUGUGUGAAUGUGAGUGUGAAUGUUGUCUGUCUAUCUGUGUUGGCCCUGUGAGGAGGUGGCGACUUGUCCAGGGUGUACCCCACCUUCCGCCCGAAUGCAGCUGAGAUAGGCUCCAGCACCCCCCGCGACCCCAAACGGGACAAGAGGUAGAAAAUGGAUGGAAGGAUGGAUGUACUCCAUCCAUACAUCCAUUUUCUACCGCUUGUCCCUUUCAGUACUUAUGUAAGAAUAUAAUUACUGUAGGGCGAGGUGUCCAAAGUGCGGCCCGCAGAUAAUUGUUUACCGGCCCGCCACACAUUCUGGAAAUACUAUUGUAAAAAUAAAAAAGAACAUUAAAAAAAGUGCAAUGAGUUGAAAUCUAACGAGAAAAAGUUGCAAUGUUGACACAAAAGCUGCCAUGCAGGCUGUUUUUUUUUCUUUUGUCUUUCUUUAUUUUUCUUUUUUUGCCAUUGCUCAAAAAAAAAAAAUAAUGACAAAAAAUCCAUGUUAUAAUGAAUUAUUUUCAGGGCUCCAAUUACUUCAAAUAUUUCACUUUAAUAUGUUUUUUGUGGUAAAUAUUGCAUAUAUUGUGUAGUAGCCAUAUAAAAAUAUCAAAGUUUUCUUUGGACGGCGUGGCGAAGUUGGUAGAGUGGCCGUGCCAGCAAUCGGAGGGUUGCUGGUUACUGGGGUUCAAUCCCCACCUUCUACCAUCCUAGUCACGUCCGUUGUGUCCUUGGGCAAGACACUUCACCCUUGCUCCUGAUGGCUGCUGGUUAGCGCCUUGCAUGCCAGCUCCCUCAAUCAGUGUGUGAAUGUGUGUGUGAAUGGGUGAAUGUGGAAAUACUGUCAAAGCGCUUUGAGUACCUUGAAGGUAUAAAAGCGCUAUACAAGUAUAACCCAUUUACCAUUUGACAAAAGCGCAUAAAACAAACAAAAUAAUUGUUCCAGCAUAAAAUCGACAGAUAUAUCUGAAGUUGAUCUCGUAACUUAAGUGUCGAAAGUAAAAGAAAAACCUAAUAAAAAUGUAUCACUUUAUGAGUGGGGCACCUUUUGGAUCCCAAAUAUAUUUAGUGAUUUUUUUAUUUAUCUUUUCACUGUGAUUACUCAAAAAUAUGAAAUAAUUAAUAUCAAUGGUGUUCUGCAUUAUUGAUCUUUUAGGGCUCUAAUGACUAAAUACUACAUAUUUCAGUUUUACUAUAAAAAACUAAGUUGUUUUUGACAAAAAAGCCAUAAAACAUUUUUUUAAAUUUGUAUUACUUUAUAUCAACUUGAAGUUGAUAUAGAUAUUUACUGUAUGCGUUAAAUAAUUUAAAAAAAAUAAUAAUCUGACUUAUUUUUAACAUUUUAAUGACUGAGACCCUUUAUGGUCCCCGGGACCCCUAAAGGUAAAAUAAAUAAAAAAUCCAUAUAUUUUGUUAUGGUUUGAAAAUGAAAAAUAUCAAAAUGGCCCCCACAUGCUUUAAUUUUUCCGUGUGCGGCCCUCAGUGGAAAAAGUUUGGACACCCCUGCUGUAGGGGAUAGGUGUUAAUGUGCUCAUUUAAAGGAGUCUACUACAUUAUUGUUUGUGGUCCACCACAUUAUUUAGAAACAUGGCCAGUACGCAUAGUAUGCCUGUAUAAAGAUCAUACGUCAAGUUUUGAGAGUUAUUACAACAGCACAGCAUUAUGAGUUGUUUAUGUUUACUCUGUUUGACAAGAAACCCCUACCGAUGUUACGCAGAAUUAUUGCGGGUGUACCUAAUGUUGUGGCCACAACGCUGUUAAUACAUUGAUUACUAUUAUCUUACAGUGGGUUCCUAAAGUACUGUGUGUAGCAAUAUCUCUGUACUGUAUGUGCAACCCAAAUAGUUAAAUGACUUAAAAGUUUUAAUUAUGUAAACUAAGUAUAUGUGUGCUUUUCUUGCUCUUACACAUCAGGGCUCCAAAAUAAUGGAAACUUUAUUUUCUGACAAGGUCCACCAAAUAUAGUGUAAAUGUUGCUGAACAUCAGAGCAUCCGGCAUGGAGUUGAACUCCUUUAAAUCAAGUCCACUAUUUGGUGCUAUUUGCAAUUAGCGUGUUAGUUGUCAGGUAGCAAUUCAUGUGCUAGUUAUCAGCUAGCGAUUAGCACACUAAUUUUUAUUUAGCAACUAGUUAGCUAUUAAUGAAACUAUACUGUAUAACUUUAAUAUCUUAGUAUUGCACAUUAACAAGGUACCAUUAAGACCAGUUUAAUUUAAAACAAUUUUAUACAAGUAUGGGGUCCCAGCUUCAUGAGCUUGAGGGUCCUUGGCCUGGUAAAUGGUGAAGACCCCUGCUCUUUAUCAUAAACAAAUACAUCUUUUGCAUUGGUUGCCCCUUUCCUCUGGGAUAUCCAGUUAAAAUACAUCCAUUCACCAAAAAGCAGUUUGGUAAAAUUAAUAUGAUGAAUAUAUUUUAUUUCUUAUCUUGUGAUCAGUGGUUGCUUGGCAACCCUUUUUCAACCUUCUCGAAAGCUGAAGUGUUGCAUUAAUAAACAAAGAAAAAAUGAGCUUCUUGGACAUUUUAUUGGGAGUCAUGAAUUCAAGGUAAUGAUGAGUCACAAACAGACUGAAGGUAAAGUGACUACAGACUGACAAACAGUGAGGUCUUUGAGGACAUUUUGCUUCUGGAAUCGCUCUUGAAGGCCAAGCUUCCAGUCCUCCAGAUUUGACUGUAUCUCAUUCUGCACGACGGUGGGGAUGCUAAACGAGUACAAGCAACAUUUGUGGCUGGUGGAAUCUACUCGCCAUGUUGCGUGCACUGUGGUCACCAUCAGGGGGGUCAUAGAGAGGCAGUUCUCAAAGCUCUUUGUCUGAUCGAACCAGUAGGUGACGGGGUAGCCCAGUAAGAGUCCAAAGACCGUGCUUAGGUUCCACUCAUCUGACCUUUCUGCCACAUAUGGAACUUUAUCUGCUGUGUCUAACCCUCUGAGAAGAUCAAGCAGAUCUUGUGCGAUGCUCUUCAGCCCUCCUCCGACUGGAUCAACAACAGUGGGUUUCUCCAGCGAGAGGCAGACGUCAAUCACCACGGGUCCGCCAUUUUGAAGCACCUGGGCCAGAUUGUAGCGGACUACACGUGGAUUAACAAUGAGGCUGUUACCAUUCAAGUCCAAUAUGACCAGCGAUUCGGACACGAGUUGAGACGACUGACACAAGCGCAAAUACUGAUGCACUUGCUCUGCACUGGCACUGUUGGCGUCAUAGAGCAGCGCCGGUUUCACUGCCUGAUCAACAGCUGAGAGCUGAGCAGCCACGUCAAGACUCUGAGAAAGUGACAGACAUUUCCUUUUGGUGGACAAACAUUUUCGAGCUGCAGCUACAAAGACCUCCUGAGUCUGCAUAGCUUGAUUAAAUGGAUUCUUCUUUCUAUGUGUUACAGGGCAUAUACAUACUUAACAGUCAAAAGGAACUUGAUUUAUUGCAAAAACAAAAAAAACAAUAACGAAAGAUGAUACAUUUCAAACUAGGAUUAACCACAAACAAGUCUUCAAAUAUCAUGCAUCUUCUUUCUUCUUUAAGACACCUACGGAAACAAAACACUUCAAUAAAAGGUGCCAAUCAUUUCAUCAUCAUACAGGCGGUCCUCGUGUUACGUUCUGAUGUUUCAUGGUUGCUUACACUCCUGUAAAAAAUAAAAAAUCGUACCAAAAAAUAGAACUAGUUGCGCACGUGAUUGAGGAAGGACGUCACUUGUUCUGAUGGCAGUGUGUCAAUGAAAAGUUAGGUGAAAUUGGGAAAAUGCCGACCAACAUUGUUUGUAUUCUUGGUCUACGCUGCUCUAAAACCGCGACCAUAAUGACAGAUAAACAUGGUAAUCCUAUGAAACUAAGCAGAAACACACCUUUAAGUGUGCAAAACAACCGCAGGACUGAAAGUAUAUUGGCUUUGCUUUCAUUUAAUUUUGUAUUUAAUCUUAUAAUUAUUAUAUUUCAUGGAUCCUUCACAUACUCUGUGCCUGAUUUCAUUUAAUUUUGUAUUUAUUUCUUAUAAUUAUAUUUCCUGGAUCUUUCACAUACUCUGUGCUUGAUUUAAGUGUUUAUUUAGUUAUAAUGCUGUGUUAAAUUUUAAUUGUUUUACUCUGAAAGUCCUCACCAGACCCAAGUUGUUUUUCAAAGAUGGCUGCUAUGAGUGUAAACAAUAAUAAAAGCCCCAUAAUAUCCAUUAGAACCAUUUCUGACGAGUGUUUGUUGCAUACGUUAUAUUGUUGGAUCUAUCUGUAGGUAAAUGCUCUUUUUUCUUGUUGUACAUGCGUACUACAUCGCUAACAGUGUAUUUGUGUUUCCUCUUGAUCCACCUUGUUUGAAGGUUGCAGAAGGACUGCAUAUUUUUCCAGAAGAUUUUUAUACUCAGACAAGGCAAGUGCAAGAAUAGGCCUUUGUGGUUGUGGCCGGCUCGAUUUCCGAACUUCGUAAUUUCAGCGCUCAGUACUCGGCUGGGACACCAUACCCAGCUCCAUAUUCCAACGAGAGAUGUGACGUUCGCAAACAAUGAUGACAUCCAAUUCGCAGUUGUAAUUUGUUUGUUUGAGAAUUGUUCUUUGUGCAAAUUUCCCACGCUGCUCUCUCAGAAUCAGAAUGAGAAACAGAUUCAAAAGCUUUAUCGGCUUUAAAUUCAUUGAAGGAGUAAUGACAUCAUUGAGUUGUCUCAGAAGGGUCUAUUCAUGUGUAGGCAGUUAACUUAGGGGAGUUUAAUAAGCACCUGAAAUUACUGUAGCCUUUUAGCCACUGUAUUUGGAAUAAGAAAAAUAUAUUAGCAACUGGAAAAGAGAACAAAAGGAACAAAUAAUUUUUUGCAUUUGGAUCGUACAAUCCGCUGGGGGUGCUGACAUGCAAGGUAAAGUGUGACUUUACAUAGUGACGUUACUGUCAAAGAAUAGGGAAAUGGAAUCAUCUCGUGGAAUGUCUAUAGUGGAAAUAAGCAAAAUUAGAUUAUAAUAAAUAAUUCUCAAUAGCGUCUA